CUCGCAAUCACGUCUUCAGAAAUCUCAUCAAGGGUCGCGUCUCCCUCCACGCGCUCAACGGACGUCACGUACAACUUUCGGGGACUUCAAACCAAUUUGUUUGUUAUCCCGAUACCGCAAUGGCAGAAACAACCUCAGCAACCCCCCUCUCCCAAACACCGGACCGCCGCGCCUCCCUCACGUCCCAUGCCUCCUCCCUCUCCCCACCCCCCGAAGACCUCGAUCUCACCGAACCCUCCCUCCUCCACGACCACGCUCCCACAAUCGCCGCACUCAUCGCUUUCCGAAUCAGAUUCGCAGAGUUAGAGUUGAUGCACGGCGCCACAGACAUGGGUCCACAAGAUCUGGAGAGAGGGUUGAUGGUCGCGGAGGGCGAGGCUGGCUAUGUCGCUGUUUUCGACUUCUUUUUACGCUUGGCUGCGCUUGUCUUGAAUCGCAAGAUCCUGAUUGAGCCGGGGAAGCAUAAGAGGGCUUUGUGUGAUUUGAUUCAGUUGUUGGUGCGGGAACGGUAUAUCAUGCCCGGACUCCCCAAUGUUUCAACAACGAGGGAUCACGAGACGAGUUGGGGCGAUUGGCCACUCGAGAGUCGGGUGGAGAUUAUCAAGGGGUGUAUGGACGCCGCACUCCAAAUCUCAAAAGAUGUCCGUGCGGCAAUCGAACUCGAGCUCAAAUCAGGCGGACCCCGGAACUCGAUCCGUACCACACAAAAAGCUCCGAAAGAGAAAGAGGAUUUCGGUGAUGGGGGGGUACGCGAUCUGGGGAAGGACACGAGUAAGACGAGGUAUUGGCUCGUUGCGGGAACGACGCCAUACACUCCUUUCCGGAUCUACCUCGAACACCCAACAUCCUCCACAACAUCUUCCUGGACCCCCGGCGCCUCAUCCCUCUCCACCCUCCGUACCCUCAUCUCCACCGUCAACUCCGGCUCUCUACGCGCGAACUUCCUUUCCGGCACUUCCACCCUCGUGAGGAAUCUGGAGGCAGUGGUGGGCGUAUAUGAAAAAGUCGAAGAGGAACGGGAGGCGAGGAGAGCUAGAGACCAGAAACGCACGGAGAAGGUCGAGAGACAGAGGAAGAUGUUGGAGAAUUUCAUGGGUGGGGGUGGGAGCGCAUACUCCACCCGUACACGCGGUCGACGGAUCAAUUAUGCCGAGUUGGAUAAAGACUCCGAUGACGAAAAAGAUGACAAAACACAUAAAGAACCCGAGGCCGAGGCCGAGGCCGAGACCGAGACCGAGGCCGAGGGAGGAGCGAAGGUGGAGGGACCGGUUGUGGACGAAAUCAAACCACCCAGCAGAGCCGAACGCGCGGCGGCGAGGAUGGGAAUCAGCGUGGAGGAGUACGAGGCACUACAAGCGCAGAAGAGGGAUGAUCCCGAGGCGAUUUUGUAUGAGAAGGAGAAGACGCCUGGUGUGAACGGGGCUGAAGGCGAGGGUCAAUGUCGAGAUGAGGCGAAGGUGGAGGAGAGAACGGAUGUUUUGAUGCCACGGGAUGCGGAUGCGGAAGAGGGGGAGGUGGAGGUGGAUGUCACGGGGGAUGAUGUGAUCAUGGGUGAAGGAAUGUCAACGGGAGAGCAGAAAGCACAAGAGGAAACACCGGCCGUUGUUGCUCCUCCUGCAGCGGCGGUCGACGUUACUACCGCUUAACGGGUGAUGUAGGGUGAAGGAAGCGUACUACCGUGGAAUGGGGUUUGUCGUGCUAUAGAGGGGUGUCGAACGGCGAUG